GUGGCUUAAAGACGUCGCUCUUCUUCCCAAGAGGCAGUGCGGUUUUUGUAGAGGUGAAGAUGGCGGGCAGGGCACCCGUUUCAGCUGGCAGUCGUUUGCUUGAGAGAUUUCGCAAAUGGUAUUACAAUGCACAAGGAUUCAACAAAUACGGAUUAAAGCGUGAUGAUAUAAUACAUGAAAGUGAUGUUGUCAAAGAAGCAAUAAAAAGACUUCCGGAAGAUGUAUAUUAUGAGAGAAUAUUCCGCAUCAAGAGAGCAGUCCAAUUGAGUCUGAUGCAUGAUAUUCUUCCCAAAGAUCAGUGGACAAAAUAUGAAGAGGAUAAGCCUUAUCUUUGGCCACAUGUGGUGGAAGUCAUGCGUGAAAGACGUGAAAAAAAAGAAUUCAGAGAUAAAUAAUUUUAUAUCAUUUAUUUAAGCAAAUAUUUUCUUUAGAAUGUAAUUUGUCUGGGCAGAGAUUUUGAAUAUUUCAAAUGCUGAGCUAGAAUUCUUUGCUUAGUAAUAUUUGGUCAUACGGUUCAAAUAAACCUUACCAAAUCUUUUUGGAAUCCUGUUUCCUAAGCUGCAAAGAAUUGGUUAAAACCUUUUCAGCCACAUUACAUGUUGACGUGAUCUGCAAUCUUCAUUCCAGUUGUUUGAGUAAUUCUUUUUAUCAUAAUACAGACGUUUCCUGCAGUUGGGAAAAUAGAUAAGCAACUAUCCCUUUCUUUUCCAACUCUUUUUUUUUUUUUUAAGAGAUGCUUCUGUGCAUAAUGAUUGUAUAUUAUCUUGCCCUAGAAAUGGAAAUAGAGGCAUGAAUGUUAUGUCAGUGAUGCAAAAUCAGAAUUACAUAGUUCCCAUCAUAUCUUCUCAGAAAGAAGGAAUGCUCUAUUGAUACAUUUUUUAAAUCUGUAGUUCCUGCCAACUUUCAAAUAAAGCCAGUCACCUCACA